CUUAAAGUCAAUUUUUGACUUGACAUCAUUAAUUUGUUAAUUGUUAUAUCGAAAUUUGUCAAGCUAGAUUGAUUUUUUAACACUUAGAUUAAUUAAGUUAAUAAUGAAGAGUACGUAAUGAAUCUGACAAGAUCAUUACUACUGCUCGUCUAUGCACUAACAUUUAUACAAUGCCAACUUGUUGUGAUUCGGAAAAAGACUGGUGACGAAGUGCUUGGUGGCGUUCAAAACUGUACCAGUCAUCAAACGUUUUUUAAAACACAUGGAACAACUUGCAUCACGCAAUCAAGUCAAGUUGGCUGUUACCUAGACACAAUAAAAAGUACUGGUUAUAUCCCAACUAUUCAACAGCAAAACCACUCCUUUCCAUCCUUUUCACUUCCUGCGCACAGCUGUUGGUAUGGUACUCCAGUCUUGCGUGUAGUGUAUUGGAAUGUGAGACGGGGGCAAGCUGUAUGGUCGCAUGAAAUGUCCACAAAAAUUUUGAAUCAAAUGAUAGCGAGAUCAGGACCAUUUCAUGAUAAGAUUAUCUUAAGUUUCAAGAAGCAUUUCAGUGGUAUGCUGUUAAAAAUAAAAAUUGGAUAUGGCGAUGACUUCACAAAGAGUGCGCAUUUCUACAAAGGAGAUUGCAUAUUGAUUAAAUUCGAUGGGGAAGUUGAAUAUCCUGUUACUUCACAAUACUUUCGAACUCUAGCAAGAACAACAGCUGAAACCACAAGUAAAGUAGCUUCAACAGCUGCAGCUAUAAAAACAACACCAUUCACCAAAACCACAUGGAAGACACUAACUACUUCAACAGAGACAAAGACAUUACAAGCUUCCAUGACAUCGCCAGAAAUUGGAACAACUUUGAAAACAGGAUCCAAUGAAACCAUAAAUAACAACAGUGGUGUUUCUCUUAUCGGAAAAUCAGAAAGAUUCAGAUCUACCAAUAAUUCGACAGCAAAAGUGAGGGCAAACAAUACAACGUCCGCUAGAAACAACUCUUCUGAACAUGAUAAACAUAAGAGAGUAAAAUGGUUUAUUGGUUUCGUCAUUGGAUGUAUUCUUGCCUUGAUUACCCUGAUUUUUCUUGUUCUUACAAUAUGUUGGAAAAGAAAAUCUCUGAAGGAUGCGUCACAAGAAAAGGGACGAUUAAUACCAGAAAAGACUGCUUUUGCUAAAAGAAAAUUAUCAAAGCCAAAACCAUUUCAAGAGGCUUUUAACUCAUUGUACGAUCAAUUACAUCCCCUCGACCUUGUAUCUCCUGGAGACGACGAAGUGUUUAAAAAAGAAAGCAACGAAGCAAUUUACGCGACUGUAAAUAAACAAAGAGGAUCUGCGUAAAAUAUAUCUCUUCGGCAAGCUACAAUCUUUGACGAAAUUGUGUUUAAAAAAAUCCCUUAUCCAGCAGUUUUGAGACGCUGUUCCUUGUAACACCACUACAAAUAGUAACAUAACUAGCUAUGUGGAAUGGUUUUAAGCAAAAAUUUACUCUGUUUAAUGUUGAAUCAGUGUGGAAAGUAAACGCUUUAAGAGUCUUCUUCAACAUUGAUAUAGGGGGGAAGGGGUGAAUUUGUUCAGUUUAUUUUAGAAUUUUAUGUUAAAUUUGAAGAUUUUUAUCAACAAUCUUGUGCAGAAUUGUAGCUGGAAUUAUGGGUAUUACCCUAUAGUAUAAUUUAAGUUCAGUACACAAUGGUUCGUUUAAUGAAUUUUCUGUAAUAAUAUUGACUUCAUAUUCCUUUAGCUGUUUAGUUCGGACUAUUUGUUGUCAGACGGGAAUUUAGAUAAUUUUGUUUAAAUUCCCCUUAUUAAUGUAGUUUUAACGAUUUGUUAACUUGUUUGUUUUGGGUUAUUAUCAAGACUUGUACCUACGGUGUUGUUUAGCAAACUUGGUAUUG